GUGGGAUAAGUUCACCCUCGCCCUUGUUUUCUCCUCGCAAGCGCUUUCUGCUUUCAUCAUUUUGGCUCCAACAAUGUUCCCGGGUUUCCAGGUUAGGAGAGGAGCGGGGCCUGGGUCAACAGCGCUGCAGCAGCUCCAGCUGCAUGUAUUUGAGGUUUCUGCAAGACACCUCCAAGGGCCGUGUGCAGGCUGGGGAGUCCCAGCGCCUGGGCUGGUUUUCUGCCAGUGUUGUAGAUGAAGGAUUUGAGACUGAAGUUCUGGCUGUGUAGCUGUUGGUGUCCAAGGGUCUCAAGACUGUGUGCGCAAAAGAUUGGAAGGAUGAAAUAGACUCUUACCAGUCAACUAUGAAGUUUCUGUUGGCUUUUGACUUUGACUAUACAGUCAUAGAUGAAAACAGUGACACCUGGAUUGUGAAAUGUGCUCCUGAGGAAAAGCUGCCUGUUGGAAUAAAGAGUUCAUAUAAAAAGGGACAUUGGACUGAAUACAUGGGCAGAGUGUUUAUCUAUUUGGGAGACAAUGGAGUAAAAGAAGCUGAGAUGAAAAGAAUGAUGACAACAAUCCCUUUCACUACAGGAAUGACAGAUCUUCUAGGCUUCAUUGGCAUGAACAAAGAACUCUUUGAUUGCAUAAUCAUUUCUGAUUCUAAUACAGUAUUUAUUGACUGGAUUUUACGUGCUGGCAACUUUCACAGGGUGUUUGAUGAAGUGUUUACAAAUCCUGCAACUUUCAGUGACACUGGAUAUCUUACUGUGCAGAAUUUUCAUAAUCAUUCCUGUGCAGAGUGCCCUAAGAACUUAUGCAAAAGAAAAGUUUUAGAAGAAUUUGUAGAUAAGCAGUUACAGCAAGGAGUAAACUAUACCCAAAUUGUAUAUAUAGGUGAUGGAGGCAACGACCUGUGUCCAGUAAAAUUUUUAAAGAAAAAUGAUAUUGCUAUGCCUAGACAAGGAUAUACAUUAGAGAAACUGAUUUCUCAAACGUCUCAAGAUCUCAGUCCCAUAGAGUGUUCUGUUCUAGUUUGGUCAUCGGGUAUUGAAAUACUCUCUUAUUUGAAAGUACUUAUAAAGGAAUAAUUCAAAAUAUAGAGAUGGAUAAUAGUAAAUUAGUAAAGAUGUCUUGUAUUGCUUGGAGAGAGUAAUGUAACUACAUUUGCUUGCUAUUAUGAAGUUGGGAUGUUGUUAUCUGAAAAUAUGGUUGUGAAGUGCAGUAUAAAAAAAAAACUAUUCUGUUCCCUUUUCAUCUAAGUGGGAAACUGAUGAUACUGAAAUGCGUUUCAUAUAUGAGAAUAAAUAGUGCAGGUCUUUCAAGUCAUCAAAAGGGUAAGGAGAGAGAGGGAACAUAAAAGAGGAUCAGCUAUUACUCUAGUUUUUCAGGUCUCUACUUGUUUGUGUCAAUUAGUCAUGUAACAGAUGGUCGCUCUUCACAAGUUGGGGAGAGGGAUGGGGUUAGCACACAGAAUGAUGCCUCUGUCCAUAAAGGUGUUCUAGGUACUAAGAAAAAGUACUGCAACUGUUGUUCUCAUAUUUGUUAAAAUAGCAUAAAUAUUCUAAUUUGUAAAUUAUUUAGUAUGUUUCAGAUCUACUUGGCUUAAAUAUUUGUAUUUUAAAAAAUUAAAUAUUUUACUAAAUAUUUUUAUAAUACUUAUUGUUGAAGCCAAUAAAGCUGCACAUUUCUUACCUAACAAAA